AUGAAUAAAACGUCGUGUCCUGACGAUGUCCACCAUAACUACCGAAUCCCUCCGAGUCGCAGCGUCAAACUAAACAAAAAGCAUGCCAAAAUGGGCCGGAAAAUGGCAUACCUCCCAGCCUGGAUACCGAGCUAUCGACACUCCCGUUCUAUCCGUUUCUCUCCGCGUCUCCGUCUCUUCGUCUCUCCGCCUAUCCGACAUUAUUUGGCCGAAAAGUUUAGGUCUCUUGGCCUGGCUAGAAUAACGGAAGGAAAGGAAUGCACAGUCGUCUACACGCUCUACUGCAUCGCGGCCUGUUGA